UUUUAGGCGAGCUCAAACAGUAUUCUGCUCGUCAUGUGACAAAAGCAUAAUAUACAUAGUAUUUGUCCACAUGAGGAUAUAUGAAAUUGCUGCUCCUUUUUAGAUCGUUGUCUUCCUCUGUUUUUGUUUAUACACACGUUGAAGUAUACCUCCGGCCUCUUUGGUAGGUCGUAUAAAGUUCCAUAAUGUAGCCCGCAGCAGCUGUAUACAUGGAAGGGGCUGUCAUUUUGGAUUCCUGUCUAAGUUUAUUUGAGGCUAUUAUACGUUUUCCUAACGCGUAGUGAUAAGUACCUUUCGGUGAUAACAAUGGAGAUUUUCUUUCCUCAAAAUGUGCAAUACAUUUGUACAUGUGGUGCUCGAAAAUCGCUCACUACCCUGUUCUAUUGCAAGUACUGCUUCAAGCUAAGAUGUGGCGACUGUGUAUCUCAUGAAGUGGAUACGCAUUAUUGUCCCAACUGCCUCGAGUUCAUGCCCUCCCCUGAAGCUCGCAUUAAAAAAAAUGUAUGUACAACGUGUUUUGAAUGUCCGUGCUGCGGUAUUGCACUUUAUAGCCGUGGGGUAACACAGCAAGUUCCUUCGGAAGAUGACCCGAACAUCAUGGUCAAUAAACGAGGCUAUUACCUGAUGUGCAACUCAUGCAAGUGGUCUACUCAUGAGCAGGGUCUUAAAAAUCAACCUAUGGCUUCUGGUGGAUGGCCCCGUCUCGAGGCGCCCAACCAGGAUCGUGUUCAUCAGCUAUGCGAAUAUUAUCGAAUUGUAGCGCAUAAUGAGAAGCUUGAAAAGGACAAGCGGAGGAUUACACAAAAGUGUGGUUAUUAUAUUAGUGACAAAUACGGCGUUGCGACGGUUGUCGCAAAGAAGUACAUGAGCCUACAAGUGACACCACGAAAAGAGUCGCAAAAGGUUGCCGAAGGCUGUUUUGCGGCAGAGGCCAGCGAGGAAGUAGAUGAUCUGCCGGAGCGGUUUCUGAACAACCUCAACAUCGAUGAAGUAACCAAUAUUCGCAUGCGACUUAGCAAUCCAGAACUACAACCUACCAGGAUGGCUGACCUCCGGAUGAAGAAUCUCAAGCUACUCACAAAAAAAUCACAAAGGUGUAAGGAUUGCACGCAUUCGCUAUGUAAGCCUGAAUAUAAUCCUGGUUCAGUCAAAUUCAAGAUUCAGUUGUCAGCUUAUUAUCACAUACCGGAAGUCCGAGUAAAGACGUGUCCCCAACUUCUUGCUGGAAGGGAGGUCACAAUCGAACUUACAGUUACUAACCCAACGCCUCAUGAGGUAUCGGUCGCACUGCUUCCGCUGGAGGGCCACCCAGGCACGCCCACGGGUACUGGUCUCAUUUUUCCGGAGGUGACGUGUACAAAUAGUGCUAUAGCAUUGCCGUCAUGCACGAUGUACCUGUCCGCCAAAGAUGACGCCGCCGAAUAUGAUGAUACAGCGGAUAAGAUGGACGAUCGAAAUAACAAAAGUGUGGUUACCUUCAAGCGAUGUAACAAGUUGGGCUUCAAGAUGCAGAUUACGCCUCAGCAAUGCAGCAACGUUAUUAUCGGCUUCCGUUUAACACACACGUAUACCAAUCAAACAAUCCAAGGCAACAAGCGGGAGUACGAGGUCCUGUCAUUGCAGCACGCGGUUAUCGUUAAUUUGGGCCCGCUAUCAAAGGAGUGAAAUGACUUUGCGGGAACUUACUGUUUCAAGCCAAACUUGCAUGUGAAGUUUACCUUUCCGGAUUGUUAAGCAAUCGAGCUCUUUUUAAUAAAAUAUGGCUGAGGUCAGUGACCUCAAAUCGCUCUCUUAUUGGAUGAGCAUCACUCACAAGUGUUACUAUCAUCAAACCAAGGACUGUAACUUUAUAUUGUCUUGAGUAAAAGUGUAUAUAUAUGCAAACAUUUAUUAAUAUAGAAUGUUA